CCACCGUGAGUCCGCCCGCCCGUGCACGCCGGCCCGCCCGCUGUCCGCUCGCACGCCCGCUCGCACGCCCGCUCGCACGCCGCCCUCCCUCCGCCGCAGUCCGCGCCCAGCCUCGCCCGCACUUCCCCCCUUUCAGCCCGCGCCCGGCUCCGGCCAUGCUGUCCUUCCAGUACCCCGACGUGUACCGCGACGAGACCUCCGUGCAGGAUUAUCAUGGACAUAAAAUUUGUGACCCGUAUGCUUGGCUUGAAGACCCGGACAGCGAGCAGACAAAGGCUUUCGUGGAGGCACAAAACAAGAUUACAGUGCCAUUUCUUGAGCAAUGUCCAAUCAGAGGUUUAUACAAGGAGAGAAUGACUGAGCUGUAUGACUACCCCAAGUACAGCUGCCACUUCAAGAAAGGAAAGCGGUACUUUUAUUUUUACAAUACAGGUUUGCAGAACCAACGCGUGUUAUAUGUGCAGGACUCCUUAGAGGGGGAGGCCAGAGUGUUCCUGGACCCCAACACGCUGUCGGAUGAUGGUACAGUGGCACUCCGAGGUUAUGCCUUCAGUGAAGAUGGUGAAUACUUUGCCUAUGGUCUGAGCGCCAGUGGCUCAGACUGGGUGACGAUCAAGUUCAUGAAGGUCGAUGGUGCCAAAGAGCUUCCGGAUGUGCUGGAGAGGGUCAAGUUCACCUGUAUGGCCUGGACGCAUGAUGGGAAGGGAAUGUUCUACAACUCAUACCCGCAGCAGGACGGGAAGAGCGAUGGCACAGAGACAGCCACCAAUCUCCACCAGAAGCUCUGCUACCACGUCCUGGGGACCGAUCAGUCAGAAGAUAUUUUGUGUGCUGAGUUCCCCGAGGAGCCUAAAUGGAUGGGAGGAGCAGAGCUAUCCGACGAUGGUCGGUACGUCUUGUUAUCAAUCUGGGAGGGAUGUGAUCCAGUAAACCGACUGUGGUACUGUGACCUCCAGCAAGAAUCCAAUGGUAUCACCGGAAUCCUGAAGUGGGUCAAACUGAUAGACAACUUUGAAGGAGAAUACGACUACGUAACCAAUGAGGGCACGGUGUUCACAUUCAAGACGAACCGCAAUUCUCCCAAUUAUCGGCUGAUCAAUAUCGACUUCACGGACCCGGAUGAGUCUAAGUGGAAAGUGCUCGUUCCGGAGCAUGAGAAAGAUGUCUUAGAAUGGGUGGCUUGUGUCAGAUCCAACUUCCUGGUCUUGUGCUACCUCCACGACGUGAAGAACAUUCUGCAGCUUCACGACCUGACGACUGGUGCUCACCUCAAGACCUUCCCCCUGGAUGUGGGCAGCGUGGUGGGGUACAGUGGGCGCAAGAAGGACGCUGAGAUCUUCUACCAGUUCACGUCCUUCCUAUCUCCAGGUGUCAUUUACCACUGCGAUCUUACCAAAGAGGAACUGGAACCCAUGGUUUUCCGAGAGGUGACGGUGAAGGGAAUCGAUGCUUCCGAUUACCAGACAAUCCAGGUUUUCUACCCUAGCAAGGAUGGCACGAAGAUUCCCAUGUUUAUUGUGCAUAAAAAAGGCAUAAAGCUGGAUGGCUCACACCCUGCUUUCUUAUAUGGCUACGGGGGCUUCAACAUCUCCAUCACACCCAACUACAGCGUGUCCAGGCUCAUUUUUGUGAGACAUAUGGGUGGUGUCCUCGCGGUGGCUAAUAUCAGAGGCGGUGGUGAAUACGGAGAGACGUGGCAUAAAGGUGGCAUCUUGGCCAACAAACAGAACUGCUUUGAUGACUUCCAGUGUGCUGCCGAGUACCUGAUCAAGGAAGGUUACACAUCUCCCAAGAGGCUCACGAUCAACGGAGGCUCCAACGGCGGCCUCUUAGUGGCUGCUUGCGCAAAUCAGCGUCCAGACCUCUUCGGCUGUGUUAUUGCCCAGGUUGGAGUGAUGGACAUGUUGAAGUUCCACAAAUUUACUAUUGGCCAUGCAUGGACCACUGAUUACGGGUGCUCCGACAGUAAACAACACUUUGAAUGGCUUCUCAAAUAUUCGCCACUACACAACGUGAAGCUUCCGGAGGCAGAUGACAUCCAGUACCCGUCCAUGCUUCUCCUCACGGCCGACCACGACGAUCGCGUGGUCCCACUGCACUCGCUGAAGUUCAUUGCCACCCUUCAGUACAUCGUGGGCCGCAGCCGGAAGCAGAGCAACCCCCUGCUCAUCCACGUGGACACCAAGGCCGGCCACGGGGCCGGGAAACCCACAGCCAAAGUCAUAGAAGAAGUCUCGGAUAUGUUUGCGUUCAUAGCACGGUGCCUGAACAUCGAGUGGAUCCAGUAAAUGGGAUUUCCAGUUCCGCCCACCAGACAGAAAACCUCAAGGGCUUUCACACCAUCCUGACCAAGAAACCACUGGGCAGAAGGCUGCCCCACGUGAGCACUGUGCCUCUGCUCACAGACAGCAAGCCGCUGAGCAGAACUGCCACGGGGAUUUUAUCUUUUCUAGGCUUCUCCUUUCUAACAAGCCCUUGAUGUUUUGGGUUUUUCUUUUUUUCCCACUCUCUCCAGGCACAUAUAUUAAAAGGGGGGUAAGGGGGGCAUGUUUGUAUAAGAAACUAAAAGGCAGUGAACAUGUUGUGAAUAUUAGACUCCUGAAUUCGUAAGGGAAUCUAAUAAGGGUCAUAGUUGGGCAUACCCAUAUAUACUAGCUCAAUGAAGUUACUUCUCUAACCAUAGCUUAUAACCUUAAAUAAAUGGGAGACCUCAAGGGAGUCUCCACUGCAAUACUAAUAAAUGAUAUUUAAGAGUGGGAGGCUUUACUUUUGGUUCCUUUGAGAGGCAGCCCUCAAAAUGCAGAUGACUAUCAGAAUAAAGAAUGUAGUCUUUAUGCAACAGAUUAGUUUCCAACAAUUAGAAUCUUAGUACCUGUGGUACUAUCUACCUCAUCCCGCUUUGAUGGAUGCAGCUGUGGGAGACGGCCUGCCAUCACCCACCCAGGUAAAGAUGCGAUUGGGCUCUUCCGGUUUGGAUGCCUCGUGGACAAGGGAGCUUGCGCUGUACACCUGAGGACUGCUGAGUUUGAAUAACAGCGUGUGUAUAAAAUGCUGGGCACAGGCUACAUGUGCCUGUGACCCCCUGCAGUGGGGGCAGAUCCUGAGCACAAAGUAGCCAACCAAGUUAGCCAAAAAUGGUGUGUUUCUGGUUCAUUGAGAGACAGUGUCUCAAGGCAAUAAGGUGGGUGGGGACAGAGAAAGGCAUCGGGCAUCCUCAGGUCUCCAUGUACACGUGCACAGAUGGGCAAACCUGUACACGCACGCUUGUACCAUGCACAGAAACCACAUACAGACACAGAAACUAUGGACUUGAAAAUUAAGAUUAUUCACUGCUUGCCCAUGUAUUGACUUGGUUACAGAGUAUUUGUGGAAAUGAGACAAUGCAAGUAAAUUACCCAAAUAGAGGUAUUUACCCAAUCUCCCUUUAUAACCUGGGACCAGCAGCAUUUCCCAAACUUUGUCCCUCCCAGGUUACGUUCCAGGAAUGCAGUCACACUGUACGGAAGUCAUGUUUCCAUGUGCUCUACCCCAACCUGCUAAUCUUUGAGGGAAUGAAACAAACUCCUCAAACCUAGGCUUUAGAAAUUAUGUUCUGGGUGUGUUUGGGAAUGGUGAUAUCUAGUUUAUAAGAAAAAGAUGUGUUACUUUAUCAGAUGUGAUUAAAAGGAAUACCUUCACUGUA